AUAUAAUCGACAGAUAGCCUCCAUCAUAAAUUACACAUCUUGUAAAGUCGUUUUCACUCCAGACUCAACUAUCUGUGCAGCUUUACAAGACAAAUCACAGUUUUAAACUGUCAUGCACCAAACAGUAUCACACGCUAAUGGAAAUCUCUCCUCACGAGCGAACGCCUUCUCUGUCGAAUCGUUGAUGUCCUCAGAACACACAAACCAACAGACAUCGAUUACAAGAAUGGCUGCUUCCACAGGACGCAGAUCACCCGAGAGCGGAGAGCACGAUCCAGCGACUGAAGCGUUAGGAUCAAUGCAGGCCAUGCAGAGCCGAGUGGGUUCUACAGAAACACUGGAAUGCGAAGAUAUCGUUAUUGAACUCCAGAUGCGUGAUUUAUGGCAGCGUUUCUUUGAGUUGGGAACUGAAAUGAUAAUUACCAAAGCAGGCAGGCGCAUGUUUCCCGCCAUCCGAGUCAAAGUUUCCGGACUGGAUCCCAAAAGCUACUACAUGCUCAUGAUGGACAUAGUACCGCUGGACAACAAACGUUACAGGUAUGCAUACCACAGUUCCAAAUGGGUUGUAGCGGGAAAUGCGGACGCGCCGAUGCCAGGCCGGGUGUAUAUUCACCCGGAUUCUCCCGCGCUUGGCGAGGAGUGGAUGAGACAAGUAGUGUCAUUUGAUAAAGUCAAACUGACCAAUAACGAGCUGGAUCAACAAGGACAUAUCAUACUUCACUCCAUGCACAAAUAUCAACCAAGAAUUCACAUAAUAAAGAAGAAAGAUACCUCAGACACGGUUGCUGUGGACGUAGAGAAGCCGUCUUCCUUGAGGAAGACGUUCGUCUUUCCUGAUACCGUUUUUACGACGGUUACCGCGUAUCAGAAUCAACAGAUAACUCGAUUGAAGAUUGACAGUAAUCCUUUUGCAAAAGGAUUUAGAGACUCGGGCCGAGUCAGGGAUCCAAUGGAAGAGAUAAUGCAAGCUUAUUCAUACUUUAGACCAACCGCAGGAAGAACUUUACAUUAUUCAAACUUCAGGGGAAGAGAUGAACAGCUUAGUUCCGAUCAAGGUUCUUGUUCCCCGCAUGCAUCAGUCCCUGUACCAUCUCCUUAUCAGAGUGUUCCUCUAAGUCCUACGAUGCCGCCUCAGACACCAACAUGUCAUUCAAAUACUGCUUUCUCUGCCUUCAAUGCGUGCUUAUCGUCAUUACCGCACGGCGCCAUGUUACCUACUCAGUAUCAUGUGACACCCUACUGUUCCGCCACAGAAACGUACGGCCACAUGCUCCACACAGCGGUGUCACCGUUUUCCACCCGCGAACCCAAUGCUGUGGUCAGCCAAUCAGAUACGGGCAUCCCACUUAGCCCAAUUGUUACUCAUCAGGCGAGUGGCUUUCAAGGAAAUACGUAUGCUUCUCCACAUGCGUUCACGACACAUACAAUGUGAAUUUCACGAGUCCUUAUUUUCGUUGUGUACUUUUGAUUUAAAAAGGUAUUUUAGAAAUCAUCAGUUAGUUCGCUUGAUAUUGAACAAGCAUCGAUAAUUCGAAAUAUUUUUUAUGAGACAGUUGGAAUAGUUCACCAGACUGAUAUCAGGUGUAAAUAUUGUAAGUUAAAUCAUUAUAACAAGAAAUUGUUACAGUUUCUUAGGUUACCGGCAGAACCUUUUAAAAAUUCAAAGACAAUUAUUUGUGAAUAUGAAUAUCA